UCAUGCUUGUUUCUGCUUGUUUCGUGAACCAUCGUGAACUCAGUCUGACUCAACUGUCGUGAAUGUGCUCAUUGGUGCUCGUUGACUAUCGUUAAUGAUCGUUAACGUGAGUACAUAGCACGGAAUGUUAGGUUACGUUCUGCGCACUGCGUUCAACGACGACCAAUGUGGACCAAUAUUAUUUUGCGCGUUCAUUCUGCAGUGCUGAUCACCUUUAAGCGAAGAUCAAACUAGGAUCGAUCAUGGAUCCAACGGAGGAUUGGAGUGGAAAUUGUCAGACGUCGUUGGACAAUGCCACGCAGGAAACCGAACGCCACGAACCUAACCAAAUUGUAUCUGGAUACUCGAAAUUUGACGAUUAUGUUCAGGAUGCAUUCGACGCUAUACGAGCUGGAAUUAAGGCUGCCAAUAGUUUACCAAUUGAAUCAAAUUAUAAUUAUUACUCGUGCUUUCCCAGCUUUCUUGCUGCCAAAGACAGAAAUGUCACUUUGUUAUUAAGCGUUAUGCAGCACACCCUGGGCACAGCAGGUAUUAAGAGCAAUGUUUUCAAUCGUGAUACAGAAGAAAAGUUUGACCUUCUACUGGAAACAAACGAUAUACUUUUAGACAGAGCUAACGCAUUGAUGGACGAGGAAUCUGGUAUUUCCAAAAAUUCGGAAGUAGAACUAGUAGUAACACAGGCAAGAAAACAAACGAUUAAUGGCAGUUGGAACAAGCGGGCUUCUAGAGAAUCCCAAACGACCGACAGCGUACAACCUGUUCGUUUACUCGCUGGUAAAAAUGUUCAGAGACCGCAGUUAAUGUUCAAGGACAAAAUCGAUAACAGUUCGAAACCUUGGUGUCCUAGGAUUAAAGACAAACCAAAUUCGUUAAAACCACUAGCGAUUUAUCUAGAAGAGGGCGAGAACGGAGAAACUUUCAAUCAUCCGUAUGAAUACGAAUUGGACAUGUUUAAAGUUUCUGAUAGUCAACUAAAAAAAUCUGAACCGACAAAAUAUAAACUUCUGGAGCAAACGCCAUUGAUAACAAUCGAAAAUCCAUCCGACAUGAAAUUGCUAUUAGAAGAUCUGAAACGGUAUAAGGAAAUUGCUGUGGAUUUAGAACAUCAUUCCUACAGAACUUUUCAAGGAAUAACUUGUUUAAUGCAAAUAUCGACGGGAGAUACGGAUUAUAUAGUCGAUACAUUGUCGUUGCGGUCUGAACUUCAUGAGUUGAACGAAAUUUUCACAAAGCCGACAAUUUUAAAAGUGUUUCACGGCGCAGAUUUGGAUAUUCAGUGGCUCCAACGUGACUUAUCUCUGUACGUCGUAAAUAUGUUUGACACGCAUCAAGCCGCGAAACAACUCAAUCUGCCUUAUUUGAGUUUGGCGUAUUUGUUGAAACACUAUUGUAAUAUAGAUCCAAACAAACAUUUCCAAUUGGCUGAUUGGCGAAUAAGGCCUUUACCAGAAGAACUUCAAAAAUACGCCAGAGAGGAUACGCAUUACUUAUUGUACAUAAAAGAUAUAUUGAGGAAUGCUUUGAUAGAUGCUGCCAAUGGGCAGACUAACAUUUUGAAAGCGGUUUAUGACAGAAGUAUAGACAUAUGUAGAAAAACUUAUGUAAAACCUGUAUGGACGGAGGAAAGUUGCAUGAAUUUGUACAGAAAGAGUCAAAAAAUGUUCAAUAAUAAACAGCUUUACGCUUUAAGAGAAUUACACAAGUGGAGGGACUUGACAGCCAGAGAAGAAGACGAUAGUACUGCUUAUGUUUUACCGAAUCACAUGCUCUUGAACAUAGCCGAAACGUUACCUCGUGAAAUGCAAGGAAUUCUUGCAUGUUGUAAUCCUAUUCCUCCCUUGGUUCGUCAAAAUCUACUAAAGUUACACAAAAUCGUACUGAAGGCUCGAGAACAGCCGCUUAUCAAACCAAUCCUCGAAGAUCUCAGACAAAGGUUAACUCAGAGGAAUAAUAUUACAAAUUCGGAAGCUUGGAUGUAUUCUCCACAUGAUAUUCCAAGCGGCAUGGAAGCAAGGGCUGAUUUACCAUGUUUAUUAGACAAAAAUACUUUAUCGGAAACAUUAGUAUCAAAGACUGUGGUGGAACAUUCGGUUACAGUGUUCGAUAGUCCAGUCACAUCUGAGGAUGAAGGAAUGGCAAAUGAGGGCGAGCAACAGAAUGUUAGGAAGAAAAAGUUUGUAUUUGUUAGUCCAUUUGAACAAUAUAAACGUGUUAUACCCAUGGUAGCGCAACAGGAAGCUUGGGAAAGGGAAAGACAGAAGCAGUAUGAAGAACAGGAGUUAAAUAAAAUCAAGAAAGACGAAGAAGAAUUAGCGAAAAGUAAAGGCAGAGUUCACGAACAUUUCAAACAAGUUUCUCAGGGUAUAGUAGCAGAAAGUGUGACUACACUUCCAAAGAAACCAGUUCAAGUUCCUUUGGUUCAAAUGCACGGUCGAAAAAGGAAAAGGGAUUCAAAUAUUAGGAAGCAAAGUGAAACGCAAAAGAAGACUAAUGAUAAUUUACUAACACCAGUUCCAUCAUUGGGAACCAUAAGUACGCGCAGUGUUAAAAAUGAAUUGGAAGUCGAGGAAUGUUCAACAAGGGAACAGAGGACGGAUGAAAGUUUAGCCAGAAUUCAAGCACAAUUUGAAGACGAUGAUACCACGAAAUCAAUUCGAGAAAGGAAAAAAGGGGACAAAAAGCGCAUGAUUAAAGAACUAGCGCAGAAAGGUUUAAUGCCAUCGAGAACAUUUGAUUACAAACAGGUAGAUUUUAAUAGCUUCCAAGGAGGGAGUGCAAACAUGUCGAAGCAAGCGAACUUUCAACAAACAAUGACAAAGCAGACAGAUAAAAGACGAAAGCGAAAGAAGCAAAAGUUGAAUAUAUAGAGUGCAAUAAAUUGGAAUUGCAGAUUUAUUGUAGUUAU